CGCAAGUUUUAGGGUUUAUAUAAAGAUCAAUCGGCAGCUUUUGUGCCUCUCUAUCUCCCCCUCCCUCAUCGUCUUCCUCUGAUCGGUCUCCAUUGAUGUUAGCUGUAUUUGCAUAAUUGGGUGUUGGUUGCUGUCAAUUUUGACCAUAAUCGUGUUGCCCUAAUUGACCUCCCCUCCAAUUGUUGCCUCCUAAACACCGGGAUUUGCAAACUUUGAUCUGCAGAGCUGCAGAACUAGUGCUAGAUUGCACCGUGAUCAGCCUUGGCAGUUAAGAAAGAAUGGCAUUCUCGACUCCAAUUUCAUCAUCAUAUUUGCCUAGAGUGUAUUCUCAUUUAUCAGCACAUGAUGCAGCCUCAGAGACAAAGCCUAGGAUAUGCUUAUCAAAUGCAUCCUCUCUCCUUCAGUGCACUUUGAAUUACAAAGCAUGUUUUCCUUCUCAUUUGGAGAAAAGAGAGUUGUAUAACUUCAAAGUUUCUGCAUCAGUUACAACAGAUGUUUUAAUGCAUGAAACCCCUGUGAAGUCCUCAAUCGCCAAAGGUGACACUUGGUCAAUCCAUAAAUUUGGUGGCACCUGUGUAGGAACUGCCCAAAGGAUCCAAAAUGUCGCCGAGAUUGUUAUGGAAGAUAGUUCUGAAAGAAAGAUGGUUGUUGUCUCUGCAAUGGCCAAAGUUACAGAUAUGAUGUAUGAUCUUAUUGACAAAGCUCAGUCACGAGAUGAUUCAUAUGAAUUGGCACUUGACGCGGUAUUUGAAAAACACAAGUUGACUGCACUUGAUCUACUUGAUGGGGAUGAACUUGCUAGUUUCUUGUCUACUCUGAGUCUUGACAUCAAUAACCUCAAAGCAAUGCUGCGUGCAAUAUAUAUAGCUGGACAUGCUACAGAAUCUUUUACAGAUUUUGUUGUUGGAUAUGGAGAGUUAUGGUCUGCCCAGAUGUUGUCAUCUGUCCUCAGAAAGAGUGGAGUAGAUUGUAACUGGAUGGACACAAGAGAAAUCCUCAUUGUUACACCUGCUGGUUCUAAUCAAGUUGAUCCUGAUUAUGCGGAGUCAGAGAAAAGACUCAAGAACUGGCUCCUGCAAAAUCCUUCUAAGGCAAUUGUUGCUACUGGUUUUAUAGCUAGCACCCCUCAAAAUAUACCUACAACUUUAAAGAGGGAUGGAAGCGACUUCUCUGCUGCUAUCAUGGGUGCUUUAUUCAGAGCACGGCAAGUGACAAUUUGGACAGAUGUUGAUGGUGUGUAUAGUGCAGAUCCUAGAAAAGUGAGUGAGGCUGUCAUACUGAAUACCUUAUCAUAUCAAGAGGCAUGGGAAAUGUCAUAUUUUGGGGCAAACGUUUUACAUCCUCGAACCAUAAUUCCAGUCAUGCGGUAUGACAUUCCUAUCGUCAUAAGGAAUAUCUUCAACCUCUCUGCACCUGGAACAAAGAUUUGCAGGCCACCUGUCAAUGAACAAGACGAGAAACAUAAAUUGGAAACUUAUGUAAAAGGCUUUGCAACCAUAGACAACUUGGCCCUUAUAAAUGUUGAGGGAACUGGAAUGGCUGGUGUGCCGGGUACAGCAAGUGCCAUUUUUAGUACCGUAAAAGAUGUUGGUGCUAAUGUCAUCAUGAUUUCUCAGGCUAGCAGUGAACAUUCUGUGUGCUUUGCUGUACCUGAGAAGGAAGUGAAAGCGGUUGCAAAGGCAUUAGAGACUAGAUUUCGUCAAGCUUUGGGUGCUGGACGUCUCUCUCAGGUUGCAGUAAUUCCAAACUGUAGCAUUCUUGCAGCAGUUGGCCAGAAAAUGGCGAGUACUCCAGGUGUUAGUGCGACACUAUUUAAUGCUCUUGCAACGGCUAAUAUUAACAUCCGAGCUAUAGCACAAGGCUGCUCUGAGUACAACAUCACUGUAGUUGUCAAAAGGGAAGACUGCGUAAGAGCUCUAAGAGCAGUCCAUUCAAGAUUCUAUCUUUCAAAAACAUCAAUAGCAGUGGGUAUCAUUGGGCCUGGGCUGAUUGGUGCCACGUUGCUUAAUCAGCUUAGGGAUCAGGCAGCAGUCCUGAAGGAAAAGUCUAAAACUGAUUUGCGUGUCAUGGGUAUCCUCGGAACAAGGAAAAUGCUUCUGAGUGACAUAGGUAUUGACCUUUCUAAAUGGAAAGAACUUCAGGAAGAGAAAGGAGAGAAAGCUGAUCUGGAGAAGUUUGUUCAACAUGUGCAUGGAAAUCAUUUUAUCCCUAAUACGGUACUUGUAGACUGUACGGCAAGCACUGAUGUUGCAGACCACUAUCAUGACUGGUUGCGCACAGGAAUUCAUGUAAUCACCCCAAAUAAGAAGGCAAAUUCUGGACCACUUGAUAAGUAUUUGAAGUUGCGAACACUUCAAAGGCAAUCAUUCACUCAUUAUUUUUAUGAAGCUACUGUUGGAGCUGGUCUCCCAAUCAUGCACACUUUACGAGAUCUCCUUCAAACAGGGGACAAGAUCAUACGCAUUGAAGGAAUUUUCAGUGGGACAUUGAGUUAUAUAUUCAACAAUUUUGUUGACACAAGAGCCUUCAGUGAAGUAGUGAAGGAGGCAAGAGCAGCAGGUUACACUGAACCAGACCCGAGGGACGAUCUUGCUGGAACCGAUGUGGCCAGAAAGGUAAUAAUUCUUGCUAGAGAAUGUGGCUUAAAGCUCGAACUUUCUGAUAUCCCUGUUCAGAGCCUUGUCCCAGAUCCAUUAAAGGCAACUGCAUCAGUGGAUGAUUUUAUGCAGCAGCUACCAUCCUUUGACGCAGAUAUAGCUAACAAGCGGCAAGCUGCAGAGGAUGCUGGAGAAGUUUUGAGAUACGUGGGGGUUGUGGACGUUACGAACCAGAAGGGACUUGUUGAGCUGCAAAGAUACAACAAGAAACACCCAUUUGCCCAACUGUCGGGUUCUGAUAACAUUAUUGCAUUUACGACAGAAAGGUACAACAAACAACCUUUAAUUGUUCGUGGCCCGGGUGCUGGAGCAGAAGUAACAGCAGGUGGAGUUUUCAGCGACCUGUUACGUCUUGCCAAAAAUCUUGGUGCCCCCUCGUUUUAAUUGUGUUUGUAAUCGUAUCCAAAUAAGCCUUGUUGCAUGGAAUUAUACUUUGUUUAGGUGUUGGAAGACAUUAGUUUAUGUGUGAAGGGAGUGUUGGGAAAAACCAUUGUAGCAAUGGUGAUGGGAGUCCUUUUUUACUGCAUAAAUAGAGUAAAUGCUAUGUUUUGAUCAUCUA